CAUGUGGCAGUGGCUUCAAGACGUUUUGUUACCAGGAAUUUACCAGGACGGUGAGGACUUGGCUUUUUCAAAUUCUACUACGUUCACUGGAGAAGGUGAUGUAGUCCUUGUUGGGAUGCCCCGCCUUAGACAGCUAAGAGUGAAGAAAGAUUCAUGUCAUGUCGUUAAGGAAGCGAAAUCUCUAUUCAACUCUUGCAUCGCGUCAUAUUCACUAGAAGCUGAAGAUAAAACGGAUUUAUAUCAGCCAGGAUGGCUUCCACUUUUAUCGUCACUGAAUUCAUCAACUGAAACAUUGAACAAGGUCUGCCCAAAGCCCUGGCGUUAUUCCACAGCAGAGCAAACCGAAAGCUUUCCCUUUUGGGGAAGACUUAAUCCUCUUUAUAGUCAGGGUGGUUACCUAGCAGAGCUAGGCUACGACAGAAAGUCUGCCACGAAAGUCAUUUCUGAGCUGAACAUGUUAAACUGGUUUGACAAGUACACUAGUACUGUAUUGAUUGAAUUUGUAGUUUUCAACCCUCAUGUCAGUCUGUUUAGUGCAGUUUGGAUACCGGUGGAGUUCUCACCAUCUGGCUAUGUGGCUUCUGGUCACAUGAUUCACCCUCUUCACGUGUACAACAUUGGAGCUGGCUACAGUGUCGCUCAUCUUGUUUGUCAGAUAUUGUUCGUGUUGUUUAUUGUUUACUUCGUCUUCAAAGAAACCAAAGAGAUGAUUCAACAAACAAAACACUACUUCCGUCGAUUUAUGAAUUGCAUUGAAGUGGUUCAGAUCUUUGCAGCAAUUUCCUUUGCAGUCGCUCAUAUCUUUAAAGAGGUAGAACUCUCUGUUAACUCGACUAAACUUCAUGAAAAUGUCUUCCAGUUUAUAAGCUUUGACAGAACCGUUUUACUCGAUGAUAUGGAGACAGCAUUUUUGGCUUUAUUAAUGUUUUUCAACACUUUGAAGUUGCUAUAUCUGUUCAGAUUUAAUGGUCAUGGUAAACGUUUGUCUGAUGUCACGAAGGCGUCUUUCCUGGAACUCGUAAACUGCUCAGUAGGAUUUUACGUCUUCAUGUUCGCCUUUACUCAUUUGGGAUUCAUUCAAUUUGGAAGGGAGGUGGAGGAGUAUUCCUCGCUCUCUAGUGCUUUCCGGUCCCUUCUCAUCCAGGGAGUCUUAAGCGACGGGGCUAAAUAUCUCCAAGAUUUUCAUGAUGUCAUUGGUCCUAUUUUCUUCAUAGUUUUCAACAUAUGUCUGCAAGUGAUAUGGGUUAACAUCUUCAUUUCCAUUCUUAUUUAUAAUAACCGAACCGUUACGCAGUUCUCCAAAGGAAGAUUUAGCUUUGGGAAAUUUAUGAUGAGGAAAAUCAAGGAGAUACUACAUUGCAUAGGAGACGGGAAACCACCUCAUACCGGACCGGGCAAUAACAGGAAGAAAAAGGUGCACUGGGAAAACGAAAACGAUUCUGUUGAACUGGGUAACAACAACAACGACAUCGGUAGGAGCGAAAGAACCAAUGGCAAGACCCAGGGUCCUCCUUUAAAGGAGUUAGACAAGUGCAUCACCCUGAUGAGUCUAAGGUUCAAUGACCUCUACAUUGACGAGUUUAUUGAAGACAUUGAGGACAUCAAAUUAUUGAACCGGUGGACGGACGCUUGUGCGAGUAGAAGGAAUGUGUAUGAGAAUAGGAGGGCUGGUACCCAAUCAGACGAAGCUGUACAAGCAUUGGAGACCCACAGAAUGAAUAAACACGUGAAAAGAGGGUGAUAUGGUUUGAUAAGCGAAAAGUUACAUCAGCAGGUCAUCUGAUGCAUUUGAAUUUACUCGGCUUUAAAGUGACUAGUUGUUUGGAGCCAGCGUUGUGAAGUAAAAACCAAAUAAAUGAGAUUGUGUGAAACA